CAACCUCACUUCCGCUCCCCAGUCUAAACGGUUAGAUUAGCUUAGCAGUGGAUCUCAUCCGACUGGACCCCAAGGCCGUUUAGUGAAUUUUUCACGUUUUUACUUUAAUGUUAAAGUGAUUCGUCUACGUUUAAAGGCCCUAGAAGCGGAAUUAAAAGUGACCGGAAGUGGGGCCAACAUUGUAAUUUCUUCCGAGCGUCAAGCUAACAGGCUAACACGCGGCCAAAUAAAGGUUUACGAAUUUGCUCCUUUAGCUUACAUCAGACCAUAAAACCAAGUGAAACCCGAGUCCUCGGCAGGUCUUGCCUGUCCUUGCUCCCACCGUCUCAUGCCCCCAGCUGGGACUGGAUAUAGUUUGCUGGAGGAGUGAAGGGACAUCCUGCCAGACUCAAGUUAAACAUGGAGGAUGAGGAGGUAGCUGAGAGCUGGGAAGAAGCAGCGGAGAGUGGGGAAAUUGAGAGAAGACUUGAGGCAAAACUAAAGAUAAAUCAGGAAGCAAAGAAGACCAAUUUAAAGUCUGCUAGCUCCCCUGUGAGAACAGCAAUUGUAGUCCAAGAUGACUCCUUGCCUGCGGCUCCUCCACCUCAGAUUCGAAUUUUAAAGCGUCCUUCCAAUAAUGGGAGCACGGGGAACUCUACAUCCUCAUCUCGUCCCUCACAGCAGAUGAAGUCUUUGGCGCAACGGGAGGCAGAGUAUGCAGAGGCCCGGAGGAGAAUUUUGGGUAGUGCUUCCUCAGAGGAAACGCCUCAGGACAAUCCAAGCCAGGACCGGGCGCCACGUAUGAAUGUGCAGCAACCAUUAGAAGCAGUUCGCCCAAACAAUCAGGUGAUCCGUCAGCCCACUGGUCCCGAUGGCACCUCCGGCUUCCGGCUCUGCAGAUAAACUGAAGCUACCUGCUGCAAGGAAACCGCUGCUUCUUGGAGAGUUUGGGCGAAAUGACGGGGUGUUCUGCGUGACUUCUUAAGAGCAGAGUGUUGAGAUGACAUUCAAUUUGACUAAAAUUAGGAGUUAAAUCUACUUGUCCACCAUCUCUUCUCUGCACACUUUGAUUUGAUCUUUGCCUUUUGCCUUGUCCUUUCCCUCUGUGGACCUGGCAAGGUGACUGGCAGAGGUCAAGGAUGUUAAAGCCCUUAGUUCCUCAUUUGGAACAGGCUUUAAUCACACACCCCAACACACUGUGAUACUCUGGGCUGUCCGGUUUUAAAUCUGGGAAGUGUUUGUCACUUCAGGGAGAAUAAGGAGAACUGGUUGGUUGAUCUGGGGGGUGGGGGGUGCAAGGUAUGCAAGCAGAUGAGUCAUUUUCUCCCAGGUAAAAAACGGGUCAAUGCUGGGUAUGGGACAAGAGGAGGCCUAGAAGAGCUGAGAGGAAAUAUAUAAAGUACACAGUGCCAAGAACUGACAGUUAAGCUAAUUGAGGGCAAGGUGGAAGAAGGUUGUGCAGCUCGGACCUAUUCAGUGAAAGCUCACAGUGCCCAAAAAUGUGUCUUAGCGCUGCAGACAGUGGGUCAGAGCAGAACUUUGCACAGUGCGUGGGUUGGUCCAAUAGGAAAGCAAACCUCUGGCCCGAAACGGUGAUCUGAACGACAAGAGUCACCUGAUCUGUUUCUACAAGCAAUAACAAUGAAAUCACUUCCUGGUUUUUGUUUGUGAGUUCUGUUUUAAACAUUGUUUCUACAUGUUUUGUGACAUUUUUUUUUUUAAAUCAGGAGAUUUGUAGGCUGUUUAGAAAAUAGGUUUGCAAUAGAAACAUAUUUUGGAUGUGGUUAAUUUGAUCGGUUUUGCAGAAGCUAAUUUAGGAAUCAAGAGUUUUUGUCUCAUGUGUUUUGCAUCAGCAGAAAGUGUUGGAGCUGAAGCACAACGUCUGACUGUGAAGAUGAUCCAUAAAUGGCAGCAUUAAGCCCAGAGGGAUGCCAUGUUGAAAUUUGUCAAAUAUCAUAGAUCGUACCUUUUAUUCUGCUCUCUGUGGAACAAAGCCAAAUUUAUCUUCCUGGUUUUGACAGAUGUCUUCCGGGCUAUUUUUUUUUUUUUUUUUCAUACAUAAGAGUUUUAUCAUAUUAACUUGCUUUCAAAGAUGAGUAAAAAAAUAUGUUUAAAAUAAAGAGGUUGCAAGUACUGACAGCUGGUAUCAAAAAGUCCAAGUAGGCUUGAAUUGGGACUGGUCCUGUUGCUCCUUGGCAGUUCGGCCCAAUGGAGACACUUAUUACCCAUCAUGCAUCAUCCACCAGGGAAGUAUGCACUUUGAAAACUACAUGAAGUUCCUCUUAAAUUGUGCUUAAUAAGUACUUCAAUAUGUGACUGCAAGAGAAAAGUUCCUAAUCUAAUUUCAUUGGAAUCAGCCUGAAUAUUGAUUAGCACCAUAAUUAGCAGAAGCAAUGUUUAAUACAAAGGAUUAAAAAAAUAUUUAAGAUUUUAACGUUUUCUAUGUAACAAAUUAUUUAUGCAAACAAAAAUAAAUGAUACACGAUAUUUAAAGUAAAGGGACAGUAACUGACCAAGGGACAAACAGAUCUGGAUUUUUUAGAAAAGGACUUUAUGCCUUAACUUUAUCCUGCCUGACCACAUUCACUCACUACUGGCUAUUUUGGCUUAACUUUGAAGCGGUUUUAGUGCUUGUGAUACAUUUUGCCAUCUGCCCACUACUGGAGUUUUUACUUUUUAGAAAAUUCCUCUCUGCACUCAGUGACGUUUUUCUUGCCGAACAGAUACCCUAAAUACACUUUUAGACGUAUUGAUGUGACGCCCCUCUUUUCUGGAAUUUGGCUGCACUUUAUCCACCCCGCUGUCUAAAGGUGCUGCAUUUAAGGUUCAGGUGUUAAUAAAGCUUUGAGUUUAUUUACUCUGCUACAAGCAACUAGAAUUGGGACCUAUCGCUUUUAAGCGUCCAAGAUAAACCCUUCUGUUGGGUUUUGGAUCAGAUCAUACUCUAACAAAGGUGUAUGUUAUCAGACAGUCUGUCUUUGUAAUGAAUUCAAGCUGACACCAAUUUUGCAUUAUUGAUCAACCCAUGAUGCUUUAUUGUAGAUGUUCAAAGACAGUCAUCUAGUUUGAAGCCCAUUUGAUGUCAUCGUUUUAAAACUUGAAUCGUAAUGAAAUUCAAAAACCCUUUAAUAAACAUUUAAAGAUACA